AUGCCGAGCCCGCCGCGGCGCCCGGCCGGCGCCGCCGUGCCGCCGGCGGACGGCUCGGCGCUGCUGCGCGCCGUGGCCCAGGGCAAAUUCCGCCUCACCCGGCUGCUGCUGGAGGGAGGCGCCUACAUCAACGAGGGCAACGCGGCCGGGCAGACGCCGCUGAUGGCGGCGUGCCGGGCCCGCUACGCCGACCCGCUGGCGCAGCCCCGCAUGGUGCGCUACCUCCUGGAGCACGGCGCCGAGCCCGACAUCCCCGACAAGACGGGCAAGACGGCGCUGAUGCACGCCUGCGCCGAGCGGGCCGGCGCCGCCGUGGCCGCCGCGCUGCUGGCCCACGGCGCCGACCCCAGCGCCCGCGACUACGCCGGCGCCUCCGCCCUCGUCUACGCCAUCAACCGCGGCGACCGGGAGACGCUGCAGGCGCUGCUGGACGCUUGCAAGGCGCGCGGCAAGGAGGUGAUCAUCAUCACCACGGCCACGUCGCCCCGCGGCACCAAGACCACGCGGCAGUACCUGAACGCGCCGCCCUCGCCGGCGCCCUGCGCCUCGCCCUCCGACGUGGAGGUGCGCGCCGCCCCGUCGCCGGCGGGCAGCGAGAAGGAGGAGGAGCGGGACGUCUUCCGCUUCCCGCCGCCGGCCGCCGCCGUCGGUGCCCCGCGGCCGCCCCGGGCCCGCGGGCGGCCGCUGCAGCGGCUCAACUCGGAGCCCUGGGGGCUGGCGGCGGCGGCGGCGGUCGCCGAGCCCGUCGGCGGUCCCCGGGCGCCGGGCGAAGCGGAGCCGCCCGCGGGUCGCCGGCGCUCGCCGGGUUUGCUGGAGCGCCGCGGCUCCGGCACGCUGCCGCCGGAGCCGGCCGGGCUCGGCCGCGCCGGCUUCUUGCCGCCGCUGCCCGGCGGCCCCCAGGCGCCCGGCGGCACUCCCAAGGGCCGCCGCGAGCUGCUCCGGCGGCACUCCAUGCAGACCGAGCAGAUGCGGCAGCUCGCCGCCUUCCAGAGCGGCCUGGGCCAGGGCGAGCCGGGCAGCUAGGGCGCCCGUCCCGGACGCCGGGGCCCCGCGCCGGCACUGGGGGAUCGGGGUGGGGGGCAGCACGGGUGACGCCUGCCUCGGUUUCCCCAUCCCCGGCGGGGAGGGCAGCGGCAGCCGGCAGCUCCCCUGCACCCAAUGUGUCGGAGCCCCCCGCCCGGGCACGAGCCACCGUCCCCGCGGUUGCUCCGCCGUGGCGGCUCUCGGGCUGCCGGGACAGCGGACAACGGACGCAGCUCUGCUGUCCGGGAAGCCUGAGAGGAGCGUGUGCCAGCACGGGGCCUCCUCAUGCAGGUGUUGGAAGCGUUCACUCUGAACCCUACUGAUGACUGUGAGCACAUGAUAAUUCUUCCAUUGCUGCCGUUGGCAGAAACAUUGCACGAUCCCAAAUUCCUCAAGGACUGGCACCUCCCCUGACCCCUGCAUCCUUCUUCCUCUCCCUCCUCACCCUCCUGGCAGCGCUUUUCCCUGCAGACCUCAGCAGCAGCGGCGUCGAACAGACCGCGCUCCCGGCUGCUGCACACAGACGCGUCUCCUGCUCCACGUCGGCUGAGAACCUGCCCCACGUUCCAGGGCCAGCAUCUGGGGCACCCGCGUCCCCACCGGUCCCACAUGCUGCUCGGGGCUGGGGUGUUGCGAGCAAUAACAGCCGCCGGACGCCUGGGUCCUGGGGAAAUGCCGCCCCGCUGUCGGUGUGCCGGGGAGCCCGGUUCCCGCGGGGCUCCGGGCCCGGGCGAGAGCCUUGCUGGGGGCUGGAGCGGGGCCGGGGCAGCUCAUGCCGUCGGCAUCCGGGGAAUAAAAGUCCAGCACAACUCA